GCUCACAGAGCCCUCAGCCCCACAGCACCAUGAAGGUCCUGGCAGCCUCUCUGCUCGCCCUGCUCCUCGUGGCCUCCUGCUCCCCGUCCGAGGCCCAUCUCGAUGGCGUUCCCACCACCUGCUGCUUCACCUACCAACAACGCCCCAUCCCUCUUCGCCUCAUCAACUCCACCUUCACCACCAGCAGCAUCUGCACCAACCCGGGGGUGAUAAUGGUCACCAAGAAGGGGAAGCAGCUGUGUGUGGAUCCCCGGGAACCCUGGGUGCAGGAGCGCCUGAAGCACUUCCAGACCCCAAAGAACUGACCUGACUCUUCCUCGCUGCCACCGGCGAUGCCCACGGUCCCACCACUGCAUGGCCUCCAGCCUCAGGCACACAAGAGAGCUCUUGACCUACAGCCUCC